AUGUCAUCAGAAUUAUUAUUUACUGAUAGAGUAGUCAUUAUUACAGGAGCAGGAGGAGGUUUGGGUAGAGUUUAUGCAUUGGAAUUUGCCAAACGUGGAGCAAAGGUUGUCGUAAAUGAUCUUGGUACUUCAUCGUCGGGUGAAGGUAACAAUGCAAAGGCUGCAGAUAAAGUUGUAAAUGAAAUCAAGGCUGCUGGUGGUCAAGCAGUUGCCAACUAUGACUCUGUAGAGGAUGGUGAAAAGAUUGCUCAAACUGCACUCAAUGCCUUUGGUCGUAUCGAUAUCGUCAUCAACAAUGCUGGUAUCUUGAGAGAUGUAUCUUUUGGAAAGAUGACUGAUCAAGAUUGGGAUCUUGUCUAUAGAGUACAUGUCAAAGGUGCCUAUAAACUUACUCGUGCCUGUUGGAAUCAUAUGCGUGACAACAAGUAUGGUCGUAUCAUUAUGACUAGUUCAGCUGCUGGUCUCUAUGGUAACUUUGGUCAAGCCAAUUACUCUUCAAUGAAGUUGGCUCUUGUUGGUCUCUCUAAUACUCUCUCUCAAGAAGGAAAGGCUCGUAACAUCAACGUUAAUGCAAUUGCACCAGUUGCUGGUUCACGUAUGACUGAAUCUGUCAUGCCACCAGAAAUCCUUCAAAUGAUGAAACCAGAGUUUGUCGUUCCAUUGGUACUUUAUCUUUGUCACGAAUCUACCACAGAGAGUGGAAGUAUCUUUGAAGUUGGUGCUGGUUGGGUUAGCAAGGUUCGUUUCCAAAGAAGUGCUGGUGUUCACAAUGGUAACAUCACUCCAGAAUCAAUCAGAGACAGUUGGUCACAAAUUGAAAGUUUUGACAAUCCACAAUACCCAACCAAUGCUACUGAAUCUGUCAGUGGUAUUUUAAGUGCUGUCAACAACAAACCAACCACUGGUCCAGUUCUUGUAAAGCCAACUAAACCAGCUGCCUCUGCUGCUGCUGCUGCCGCUCCUGCCUCUGUCAAGGUUGAUGGUUUCAAGGCAUCUGAAAUCUUUGAACAAAUUCAAAGAACCAUUGCCACUGAUGGUGCUGCUCUCGUCAAAAAGAUCAAUGGUGCCUACCAAAUUGACAUCAAGAAUGAUGCAGGUAAAUCUCAAUCUUGGAGUAUCGAUCUCAAGAAUGGCAAUGGAAGUAUCACUGUAGGUCCAGCCACUGCCAAACAAGUUACCAUUACCGUUGGUGAUGAAGAUUUUGUACAAAUUAUGACCGGUAAAUUGAAUGCCCAAACUGCUUUUAUGAAAUCAAAGUUAAAGAUCUCUGGUAACAUGAACUUGGCCACUAAACUUGGUGCAAUCAUGCAAAAAUCAAAACUCUAA